AAAGCAGCAAUCCAAUGAGCAAAACACCCACUGAGGCUAAAAAAAGUGAUUUUAUAUCUAGAACACAACAAUUUAAUGGCCCUGCAAAGGAAAAUAUAACUGUGUUGGAAAAAACUGAAAAAAACUCUGCAGCUGAAUCAUCUCGCAUUCGCCCUACAUCUAAUGUGCCAUCGAAUGCCUUUUUAAGAGCUGUCCGAGAAAAGUCUAUGAAAAUAGAACAAGAAAAUGCAUUUGGACCCACAAAAGCACCAGCAGCCACUGUAACAAUAACUGAGAAAAAAGAUAAAAGUGAAGAAAACACCAUACCUUCUACAGUAAUAGAUGAGCCAGACAGUUCUGCCAGCAAUAGUGUUUUCGGACCUAAAACAAAGUUUCGACCUGUGCUACAAAAACCUGCACAAUCAGACAACUCUUUACAUACUGCUUUAAUGGGAGCAAUUCAGUCUGGCGAAGGAAAAGAAAAGCUGAGAAAAAUACAGAGUUCACCAACAGAUGGAGGGGAAAAGAAGCUUUGUGAGCCAGAGAAUGAAAGAUCUGCUCUACUGUCAGCAAUUCGAGAUCACAAUGGUAUCUCAAGGCUUAAAAAGGUAUCUUCUGCUGCAUCCAAUGAACUACAGUCAAUGAGAAAAUCUGAAAUUGAAUCCACAGCAACAAAGACAUUCUCCAUUCCUUCUUCACCAGUAUUGCCUCCACCUCCACCUCCACCACCUACAUUAGGUUCUGCACCCAACUCCCCUCAGGUCUUAACAAACAAUGCUGUAGCUGUAGAUACAAGAGAAGCCUUAAUGGAAGCUAUCCGCUCUGGCCAGGCUGUUUCAAAACUGAAAAAGGUCUCUGCUUCAGUGCGUACAUUGUAAGACAAAAUAAACGAAGAAAGCACCUCUCCCUAUCUCUGAUACCAGUUCAACGACACACUUGAGAGGUCCAGAACAGCAAGGCUGUCUGAUUGUUUUGUCAACUGGCCAAAAAAUUUUAAACCUAAUUUUCUGUUUCAAAAUAAUGGUCCAAAAGGGAAAAUAAUGUAUGCAACAUAUGUGCCAAGGAAAAUGUGAUUUGCCUUGAAAUGAAUUAAGAUUUUGCCAAUAAAAUGUUCUUGUUGGCAGGUAAGAAUGAGCAGAAAAUCCUAGGAUGUAAAUAAUACACCUUAGCAAAGAACAUUGUAGUUAAUGAAACUGUUUUCUCUAAUGAUUGUCACUUUCCUGGCCAGCACAUGCUAAUAGAGUAAAAAAAAAGUAAAUGUGAUUUUUAUACAUACAGUAAUCCACACACUAUAUUGUGAUGAAUAAAUUAACACAAGUAAAAUAAUAUGCUAAAAGAAAAAUAACUGUUGUCAGUGGGGCUUACAUUGUUAAAGAGACAAAUAAGAUAAUUGCAUUGUAAUGUUUGCUUUAACUUUAUCUUUCUUAUAAAUCUGAUACUAGCAUAAAAUUAACA